AUGAAGUCAAUUCGUGCUACUUCGGCCCUCGCAUCUCAAGUCUCGGCCACGACAUGCUCACGAGCAGCAAUUGCAUCUCGCACAGCCUCAUCCACACAGACUCGCUCCUUCUUCCCGAAUCCCUUUGGCGCUCAGCCUAUUCAAUCAUUAACUGCAUCUCGUAUUCUACCCUACGACGCAAAAACUCUCUACGCAAUCGUCGCCGACAUUCAAAGCUACCACAAGUUCCUGCCUUUCUGCAUCUCCUCCAACGUCACCAAGCAAUCUUCGCCCGACGCCGAGGGAAAGACAUGGCCUGAAGAAGCAGAACUGGUUAUUGGAUACAAGGAUGUCAUGCGUGAAUCCUUCUUUAGCCGUGUUUACUGCGCACCACAAGACUUUAUCGUCGAAUCUGUGAGCGGAGAAACCAAUACCAAUCUUCCUGCUGCAAGCAUAGCACACCACACUGUCCGUCCCUCUGCAGACCAAGAUCCCGCUCGUAACGCCACGAUUCUUACACAUCUACGCUCUCGCUGGCAGUUGAGUCCCUUCCCUUACAAACCUGGACCUAUGGGCAAUGACAGACCUCAAGAAGUCACCUCGGAUGUGCCGCCCAGGAUGCAGACUGAGGUCAAUCUGGUUAUCGAUUACCAAUUUGCCAACCCACUUUAUACGACAUUGAGUGCGGCUGCGGCGCCAAAGGUUGCAGACAAGAUGAUUGAGGCCUUCGAGAUGAGAGCAAAGGAAAUGUUGGAUCGUCCUGCUGCUAGCGCAACGCAGAAGUUCAAGGGCACUGUGAGUGUGUCCGGUAAUGGCAUUAAAGCUUGA